AGGUUUGUAAAAUUGGAUGUUGAGGAAAAGAUUUCAGAUUUCUUAAAAACCGAAUUGGAAAAUGAGGAAUAUGAUGCUAAUCACAGUGUGACUAGAUCUAAGGAAUUGAGUACUAAAAUUUUGGAUCUUUUGAAAAAGAGUGGAUACCCAAGAUAUAAAUUUAUUGUUCAAGUGGUCAUUACUAGCUCAACUGGCCAAGGUAUUAGAGUUGCCUCUAGGUUUUUAUGGGAUCCUUCGACAGAUAAUUAUGCUUCUGGAUUUUUUAGAAAUAGCUCUUUAACUUGUGUUGCAAUGGUAUUUGGUUUAUUUUAUGAAUAA